AUGCGGGUCUUGCUGCAUUUUGCAGCAAGUCUCAGCCUGUCUGCAUCUCAAGAACAGAGCCGGCCAGACGGCAGCAGUGACCAUGGGGGAGCCAGCAACACACACAGCACCGAGCCAGCCUUGUGUGGUGAGUGUGGGGGAAAGCACAAACGCAUGAUAUCCCAGAAUUUACAGAAGAAACAAGUUCAUGCCUCCAAGGCAAAGCAAAGACCCGCCGCGGGUUCCGCCCUCCCCGUGAGACUGACCAGCUGCAUCUUCCCGAGGCCGGUGACUCUCAUCACCGCCCACCCUGGCAAUGAGGUCAAUUGUGGUCCACAGGAGGACGAGCUGGAGAAGCCCCAGCAGCUCUGCGCAAGCUGGAGGCUGCAGGCAGUCAGGCACCAAGGCACCAAAGGAGAAGUUUUAAGCCAAUCGGAUUUUGCAAAAGCCUCCAGAGUGAUGACUGUAGCACAUCGCCGUGGAUCCCGGGGCCAGCCCGCUGUUGAGAGCCUGCAUGCCACCCUUGGCCUGUCUCCGUUUUGCACAGAGAUGAUCCCGGAAGCUUUCCAUCUUUUACCUCCCGCUUACAACCAGCAGGUCACUGCUGCAGACAUCCAGAGUCAGAUGGAGAAGGUGAAGAAAGCCAGGGAGAGACUGGCCAAGGCCUUGCAGGCAGACAGGCUGGCCAGGGAGGCAGAGAGGAUGAGCGACCCGGAGGAAAGGGCUGAGAACCAGAGGGGAACAGGAGCAGAGACUGUUGGAGGGUCCCGAUGUGAGGCCGCGGGAGAGAGGGUUUCACCAUAA